ACGUGCUGGUGGUGCCUAUUAAUCAUUCACCAGCCCAGAGCCGCGCCAGUUAAUGGCUGUGCCGCGAGGGGCUCCUGCAUCCUGGCCUCCCCUCUCCACCGUCCUGUGUGCCCAGGCAACCAGAGCGGCAAACGGCAGCGCCCAGGCAACCGCUGGGCUGCGCGCCCCGCUGGCGCCGGUAGGAGCCGCGCUGCCUGCAGCAGUUGCGCUCUAUCCAUAGGCGCUGGGCGGCUGUGGGCUGCAGGCUCCGCUGGGUGCGGAGGGAGGGUGCAGGCAGCGGGGGCGCAAGGAGAGCGCCCCAGCCCUGGCAGCCCCACUGGCCCCCCUCAGCUGGGAUGUUCCCCAAUGGCACCGCCUCCUCUCCUUCCUCCUCUCCUAGCCCCAGCCCCGGCAGCUGCAGCGAAGGCAGCGGCAGCAGGGGUCCCGGGGCUGGCGCUGCGGACGGCAUGGAGGAGCCGGGGCGAAAUGCGUCCCAGAAUGGGACUUUGAGCGAGGGCCAGGGCAGCGCCAUCCUCAUCUCUUUCAUCUACUCUGUGGUGUGCCUGGUGGGACUGUGUGGGAACUCUAUGGUCAUCUAUGUGAUCCUGCGCUAUGCCAAGAUGAAGACGGCCACCAACAUCUACAUCCUAAAUCUGGCCAUUGCUGACGAGCUGCUCAUGCUCAGCGUGCCCUUCCUGGUCACAUCCACGCUGUUGCACCACUGGCCCUUCGGUGCGCUGCUCUGCCGCCUCGUGCUCAGCGUGGACGCGGUCAACAUGUUCACUAGCAUCUACUGUCUGACUGUGCUUAGCGUGGACCGCUACGUGGCCGUGGUGCAUCCCAUCAAAGCGGCCCGCUACCGCCGGCCCACCGUAGCCAAGGUAGUGAACUUGGGUGUGUGGGUGCUAUCGCUGCUCGUCAUCCUGCCCAUCGUGGUCUUCUCUCGCACCGCGGCCAACAGCGACGGCACGGUGGCCUGUAACAUGCUCAUGCCAGAGCCCGCUCAACGCUGGCUGGUGGGCUUCGUGUUGUACACCUUUCUCAUGGGCUUCCUGCUGCCCGUCGGGGCUAUCUGCCUGUGCUACGUGCUCAUCAUUGCCAAGAUGCGCAUGGUGGCCCUCAAGGCCGGAUGGCAGCAGCGCAAGCGCUCGGAGCGCAAGAUCACCUUAAUGGUGAUGAUGGUGGUGAUGGUGUUUGUCAUCUGCUGGAUGCCUUUCUAUGUGGUGCAGCUGGUUAACGUGUUUGCUGAGCAGGACGACGCCACGGUGAGCCAGCUGUCGGUUAUCCUCGGCUAUGCCAACAGCUGCGCCAACCCCAUCCUCUACGGCUUUCUCUCAGACAACUUCAAGCGCUCUUUCCAACGCAUCCUGUGCCUCAGCUGGAUGGACAACGCCGCGGAGGAGCCGGUUGACUAUUAUGCCACCGCACUCAAGAGCCGUGCCUACAGCGUGGAAGACUUCCAACCUGAGAACCUGGAGUCCGGCGGCGUCUUCCGUAAUGGUACUUGCACGUCCCGGAUCACGACACUCUGAGCCAGGGCCACGCAGGGGCCCUGCGCCCGAAGAGCAGGGAAGGCCGGGUGCCUCUGGCGGAAGGACCCAGGAAAGGCGCGCAACAAUGGUAUAAGUGAGAGUUUUACUUAUAAACUGGGAAGACUUUCAGGCUACCUUUUUCUGGAUCUCCCUCUUUCGGUUCCUUCCUCCACUGCGCUUACUCCUCUGACACUCUAUUUUCCCCACCCUGCAACUUCGAUCCUUUCUUCGCACCGUCCCGCCAGUGCAGAUCACGAACUCAUUACCAACUCAGUCCGAUCCUCGGCUCCUCCAGACGUUAUUUGCUUGUUUAAGCUGGGCCAGGAAUACCGCCAUGGGUUUCCCUCGGGGUUAGUCCCUAGCUCUCCUUCAGCCCCGCCUAGCCAUGCUGGGCCGCGUCCGGGUUCUGCCUGGUUCCCCUACUGGAGUCUCGGGAAUGACCGCGCAGCCCUACCUUAAGGAAAGUCGUACUUGAGAAAGAUCUAGGCAGCUGGUCAUUUCUCCUACUCUUGAGUGAAGGCGCACCCUUCCCUGCCCGCUCCCCACCACUCUCACUCCACCCAGAGUGGAGCCAGGUGCUUCGUAAAUAGGUCCCGCGCUUUGAACCCCAGACUUUCUGGAAUCCCCAUCCAAGCCCUCCUUUGGAGCAAAAAGGAGCUGAGAGCAAGUCGCAGGAGGAGUUUUUAUUAGUCUGCGGGAUCGGAUUGGGGGCUUGUAAUAGGAAUCACCCUCCUGCUGGGCGUUUUCAAAGACCUGCGCUCUGGGGGCGUGCCUGUUCUGCUACCUGCGAGGCAGGGAAGUGCAGGGCGCACCUUCCCCUUCCCCGGGGUUUGGCUGCGGGGGCUGCAGCUCGGCUUGGCUUUCUCUCUCACCCAAGCUUCUGGAGGAGCAGACUUAAAAGUAACAAGAAACGGGUUUCCUGCUCUGGUGUAUCUCAAAAGACCCGGCGCCCGGCACCCGGGAAGGGGGACCUAGGGGCAACGUCUUCAGAGUCCGCCAGUGUUGGCUGUGACGCCGCAACCUGCAGGCUCCAGAGUGCCGCCUGUCUGGCCUCUGAGGGUUGCUGCCUUUCAAGCGGUGCCUAAGAAGUUAUUUUCUUGUUUAACAUACGUAUUUAUUAAUUUAUUUGUGAUGUUGGAAAAUGUGUCUCUGCUUUCCUUUUCUCUGCUUGCCUAGGCCCAGGUCUUUUCUUUGGGACCCUGGGGUGGGCACGGAAGUGGAAGUCGGGGCAAUCUCUCCCACACUUCCUGGGCUUUUCAAAGCCACUCUUCUUCGCUGGGCCCUUUUGUCUUAUCCUUUAUUCCAGCUUUUCUAUUUUUGAUUGUGUUGAGUGAAAUUUGGAGAUUUUUCAUACUUUUCUUAUUAUAGUCUCUUCUUUGUCUCGUUAGAAUAAUAAAUGAUAAUGUGGGUUAUCCUCUUCUCAAUGCACAAUGGAAAGUUCUGAACUCCUGGCUUUCCAGGAGACAUAUAUAAGGGAACAUCACCCUAUAUAUUAUUUGAGUGUAUAUAUAUUAAUACAUAUAUGAUGUGGACAUAUAUAUACUUGUUUAUCUGCUCCAUUGUCAUAAGUCCAUGAGUCUAAGUAUAGCCACUAGUGGUGACAGGUGUGAGUCUGGCUGAACACUUUCAGUUUCAGGAGUUCAAGCAGCACUCGAACCUGGAGCAGAGGAAUCUAAUUCAGACAGAGACUUCAAUCACUGCUGAAGAUGCCCCUGCUUCCUCUAGGUUCCAGCAGAGGGGAUUCUUACAUAUGAUCCAGUUAACAUCAUCACUUUUUUUUGAGGACAUUGAAAGUAGAAUAAUUUGUGUCUGUGUUUAAUCUUAUCAACUACAUUGGAAGCCUGAGCAGGGUGAGGACCAGUAAUUUUAAUUCUCUGUAUUUCCUGCAUUGCUUUAGUAUGCUGGCUUGUACAUCGUAGGCACUAAAUACAUGUUUGUUGGUUGAUUUGUAAGCCAGAGUGUUUUACAAUGAUCUGGAGAUACUAAAUCUGAGGUUCUCAGGUUCACUCAUUGACAUGAUAUACAAUGGUUGAAAUCACUAUUGAAAAAUGUGUUUUGUGUAUAUUUGCUUCAACAACUUUGUGCUUUCCUGAAAGCGGUAACCAAGAGUUAAGAUAUCCCUAAUGUUUUGUUUAAACUAAUGAACAAAUAGGCUUUGGGUCCUAAGUCAGAAAGUUUAGAUCUAUCCCUUAAUAUAUAUAUAUUAUUACUCCUUUGGAAAAUAGAUAUUUGAUUAUUAAGAACUGUGAAAUUUACAAAUCAAAAUCUUCAUCAUUAUCCUUCUAAGAGGAUAUAAAUUUAGUGCUCUUAACCUGUUACCAUUGUAAUAUUAACUAAAUAAACAGAUGUAUUAUGCUGUU